AUGGAUUUUUAUACAAAAUUAAAUGGAAAAAUUCCUAUUAAUCAGUUUGACCCUAACAAUUUUGGAAGUAAUGGUUUUUAUAGAAUAAAAAAUAUUUUAUAUUCAACAUCUUUGGAUUUACAUGUUAAACAAAAUCUGUUAGAAACAUGUUUUAAAGAGCUCUGGGAAUAUGAAUUAAAACAAUAUUUCCAAAAUGCUAAAUCUUUAGAUAAUAAAGGUAUCUAUAUUCUAGUUGAAGUAUUAUCUAUAUUAGAAAAAGAUUUUAAUUCAUUAUUUUCUAAUAAUAGAAUUAUGAAUAGAAAGGAAUAUCUUAAACCUAUAUCUUGUUUAGAAAUUAGUAGUAUUAUUUCUAUUUGUUUAUCUAAAGUUCUUCCAUUUAUAGUAUUUAAAAAUGAAGAUUUUGAUAAACAUGUUACUACUCUCUUUGAGUCUAUUGGAAUACUUCUUUAUAAAGAAGUUAUUAAAAAUAAUUAUAUAAAUUAUGUAAAUUCUCUAUCUGAUAAAGAAAGUAAAAUUAGUUAUAAAGAUUAUCAUUUAGAUAAUUAUAACUAUUCAAAUGAAGAUGCUAUUAGAUUAGGGGCUUUUGUUGUAAUGUUUAUUGGAGAUAAAACUGAUUUAUAUUUUAUUGAUAAUAUUAAAUCUGAUUCUAAUGUUACUAAAAGAAUUAUCUCUCCUGGAAAACUAUUUGAAGAUUUAAUGCAUAAGUUUGUUUUGUUUGACAGUUAUGAAGCCCCUAUGAUUGUAAAACCUGUUGAAUGGGUUAUUAAAAGCAUUGUUAAGUCUUCAGAAGAUAGUAAAAAUAAAACAAUUAAAUAUGGUGGUUAUUUACAAAAUGAUAAAAACGAUUUUGAAGAAUUAAUUCGUAAAUCAAAACAAAGUAUAGGUACUUCUAUUAUAUUGGAUAAUAAUAUCGUUAGUAUGGUUAAUUAUAUGUCUAGUAUUCCUUUUAAAUUAAACAAUAAUGUUUUAGAAUAUCUAAUAAAAUUAAUAUUAAACCAUGAUAAUAUUGAAUCAAAUAAAAAAAUUAUAAAUGAUCUAUGUUUAUCAUUUCAUCCAGAAACAGAAUUAUUAGAUAGUUAUAAAAAAGAACUUAAUAAAUGUAUUAAUAACAAAAAUAACUCUAAAAAAAAAUUACAUAGUAAUAUUAAUGAUUUUAAAAAUAUUAUUUAUAAUAUUACGUCUCAUAAUAGUAAAUUUUUAUAUAAUAAAUCUAUUUUAACUAUGGCUAUUUUAUAUAAAGAUAUUAAAGAAUUUUAUUUCCCUUUAAAAUUAGAUUGGCGUGGUAGAAUCUAUAUUAAAGGAGGAGUUUUAAAUAUCCAAGGAGGUGAAUUAAGCCGAUCUUUAUUAACAUUCAGUAAAUCUGUAAAAUUAGACGAUCUUGGAUUAGAAGCAUUAAAAAUUUAUUGUGCUAAUUCUUUUGGUAAAGAUAAAAUGUCUAAAUUACAUAGAUUAGAAUGGGUUGAUGAAAAUAUUAAUAAAAUUAUUGACGUUAACUCUAUGUUUUGGGUUAAUGCAGAUGAUAAAUUAAUAGCAUUAGCUUGUUGUUUUGAAUUAAAAGGAUAUUAUGAGGACCCUGAAAACUUUGAAUCUUCUUUACCUAUUUUAAUUGAUGCUACUUGUAAUGGACUACAACAUCUUUCAGCAAUGAUCCAAGAUAUUAAUUUAGCUGAAAAAGUAAAUCUAUUAGAAUCUUCAAAAGAAAUGAAACCUGAAGAUAUAUAUUCUUUUAUGAUAGAACCUAUAAAAUCUAGAAUAAAAGAAUUAUCUUUCAAAGACAUAGAGUAUUCUAAACUAGCUUUAUUAAAUAUAGAUAGAUCUUUUAUUAAAGUUCCAAUAAUGACCAUAUCUUAUAAUAUUACACCACACGGUAUAUGUGAACAAUUAAUUAGAGAUAGAUUUAUUAAGAAAGAUUUAGUCGAAAAUAUUGAUAAACCAAAUUCUAAAAUGUAUUUAUAUCAAGCAAUUGAGGCAGAAAAAUAUGGUGAUGUUUUAUUAACAAUUAAAGAUAUAUCUAAACUUUCUCAUAUUAUAUAUGAUUCUUUAUAUGUUUCAUAUCCUAAAUUAAAUGAAUUGAAAGAAUACUUUAACAGUAUGGUUAAUAUAUUAUCUAUUUUAAAUUUACCUGUAGUAUGGGUUACACCUUCUGGUCUAUCUAUUAAACAAAAAUAUGUUGAUUUUACAACAUAUGAUAUUGUAAACAAUGUAUUAUCAAAAAGAAAAACUAUUACAUUAAGAAAACCUUUAGAUAUAAUAAAUAUUAAAAAACAAGAAUUAGGAUUAAUUCCUAAUUAUGUUCAUAGUAUGGAUGCUUGUAAUAUAUUUCUUUUAUACGAAAGUUUAAUAAAUCUUAAUAAUAAAAUAGAUCUUCUUACUAUUCAUGAUUGUUUUGGUUCUCAUGCUAAUGAUAUAAAUACAUUAAGUAUUUUAGUUAAAAAUGCUUUUGUUUCUAUUUAUAAAAAUGAUAAGUUUCUUAAGAAAUUUCAUAAAACAAAUGUAGAUUGUAUAAAAUCUAUUGUAAUAGUAAAAAAAGGUAAAUUUACAAUAAAUGAUAAACCUUAUACUAUUCCUACGCCUCCUAAAAUACAAAACAUAAAUUUAGAGUAUCAUUUGCCUAAAUCUUUAUAUUUUCUUAAUUAA